GGCUCCCUGGCAUCCAGUCUCCGAAGCGAAACUGAGGCCACUAGAGGCUCCGCCCCACUCCGGGUGGAGCGCGGCCAAUGGAGGAGGGCCUUGAAGUAAGAGAGCCAAUGAUAGGAGGCGGGAGGCAGUGACCAGGCCUGGGGGGCGCGGAAAGGAGUGGAAAGGGGCGGGCCGUGGCGGCCGCGGGGCAGCGGGUGGGUUUAGUUGCGCUCAGUAUAUGACAGUACGUCAGCAGCGGGAUGGCCGUAGCUGUGGUGGCGGCUGCAGGAGCCGGAGCAGCUGCGGCCGCAGUGGAGGCAACAGUAGCAGCAGCAGCAGCACCCGGGGGAGUUUAAAAUGGCGGCGGGGGGGCCGGGGGCAGCGGGUCUGCGGGAGGAGCGGCGCUACGGUUUAUCGUGCGGGAGGCUCGGCCAGGACAACAUCACCGUGUUGCAUGUGAAGCUCACCGAGACGGCGAUCCGGGCGCUGGAGACGUACCAGACCCAUAAGAAUUUAACUCCUGCCAGACCUUCAAUUCAGUUUCAAGGACUCCAAGGGCUUGUCAAAAUUCCCAAAAAUGAUCCUCCAAAUGAAGUGCAUAACUUUAACUUCUACUUGUCAAACGUUGGCAAAGAUAACCCUCAGGGAAGCUUUGACUGCAUCCAGCAAACUGUCUCAAGUUCUGGUGCCUCACAGCUCAAUUGCCUGGGAUUUAUACAAGAUAAAAUUACAGUAUGUGCAACAAAUGACUCCUAUCAAAUGACAAGAGAACGAAUGACCCAGGCAGAAGAGGAAUCCCGUAACCGAAGUACAAAGGUUAUAAAACCUGGUGGACCAUUUGUAGGUAAAAGAGUGCAAAUUCGGAAAGCACCUCAAGUUGUUCCCGAUGCAGUACCGGAGAGGAAAAGGUCAACUCCUAUUAACCCUGCAAAUACAAUACGAAAGAUCCAUUUAAACAACAAUGUUUCUCAGCGGCCUUAUAGAGACAGGGUGAUUCACCUUCUGGCACUGAAGACAUACAAGAAACCGGAGCUACUUGCUCGAUUACAGAAAGAUGGUGUUAAUCAAAAAGACAAGAACUCCCUUGGAGCCAUCCUUCAGCAGGUAGCCAACCUGAAUCCUAAGGACCUCUCUUAUACCUUAAAGGAUUAUGUAUUUAAAGAGCUCCAAAAAGAUUGGCCUGGAUACAAUGAGAUAGACAGACAGUCCCUGGAGUUAGUGCUAUCUAGAAAAUUAAAUCCAUCUCCUCAGAAUGCUACCAGCACCAGCGGUUCAGAGUCUCCUAUAUGUUCUAGUAAAGAUGCUGCAUCUUCUCCUUCUCAGAAACGCCUCUUGGAUUCAGAUUUCAUAGAUCCUUUAAUGAAUAAAAAAACUCGGAUAUCUCACCUAACAAAUAGAGUUCACCCAACAUUAAACGGUCAUUUGAAUUCCACCCAUGAAAAAAUUGCUGUGGCUCCACCACCACCACCACCACCUCCUCCUCCUCCGCCACCACCUCCUCCUGCAGCUGCCGCCACCCCAACUCCACCACCUCUUCCUUCAACCCACCUUCCAGUUUCAAAUCCUCCUCAGACUGUAAAUUCUAACUCCAAUUCCCCUAGCACUCCAGAAGGCCGGGGGACUCAAGACCUACCUAUUGACAGUUUUAGUCAAAAUGGUAGUAUCUUUGAGGACCAGCAGGACAAAUAUACCUCUAGGACUUCUUUGGAAAUUCCACCGCCUGAUUCAAUCCUGUUGAAGUGUCCAAAGCCCAUGGAAGAGAAACAUUCAAUGUCACAUAAAAAAUCUAAAAAAAAAUCUAAAAAACAUAAGGAAAAGGACCAAAUUAAAAAACAGGACAUUGAAGAAAAGGAGAAAGAUCUUAAGACAAAAGAUGAAAUUGCCAAGCUAAAUAACUCCAGUCUGGAUUCAGAUGAAGGAGUUAAAGAGGUUUGCCCUGCCUCCACAGAUCCUUCAUCAACUAUUGAACUCCCGGAUUACUUGAUAAAAUACAUUGCUAUUGUCUCCCACGAGCAACGCCAGAAUUAUAAAGAUGACUUCAAUGCAGAGUAUGAUGAGUACAGAACUUUGCAUGCCAGGAUGGAGACUGUAGCUAGAAGGUUUAUUAAACUCGAUGCACAACGCAAGCGCCUUUCUCCAGGCUCCAAGGAGUAUCAGACUAUUCAUGAAGAAGUCUUAGAAGAAUAUAAGAAGAUCAAUCAGUCUAGUCCUAAUUACCAUGAAGAAAAAUACAGAUGUGAAUAUCUUCAUAACAAGUUGGCUCACAUCAAAAGACUAAUAGGUGAAUUCGACCAACAGCAAGCAGGGUCCUGGCACUAGACCUCUGCUUAGACCAGAAGAUGUGAAUAAACUUAAGCUUAUUUAUUUAAAAUUCCAAAUGAGUUGCUCUAAGAUUCUAAAAAGUUGAAACUUUGUCAUUUGAAAGUUUCAGUAUUAGCAAACUUUGAGUUACUUUUUUUUAUUAUUUUUUAUUUUAUUUUGCUUCCCUGCAUAUUUGAAGCUGCUUUUUCUGGUCCCUUUUUCCCCCUCAAGACUUUAGUUUGUCCGUGGAGAUCACUUUUAGAUAUUGGGGGUCCAGUGUCUAUACUUAAAGGUUGUGCACAUUUUCAAAGAAAUAACAAUGUAGCAAGUUGAGAUGCUUUUGGAUAAAUAUAGGCCUGUUUUUUGACCUUUAUUAAUGAGAACUCUUUGCCUUAAUUGGUAGAAGGUUUAGAAAUUUGCACAAAAUACAAAAAAAAAGUUAAAACAUUGUUUUGGAGGGUUAAGAAAUAGAAAGGUGUGUGUAUACAUAUGUAUAAACUAUAUACAGACUGACUUGAUCUCGAACAGUAAUUUAUCUCUACAAGUUAAACCCUUCCCCCCCAUUGCAAUGGUUGCCUUAAGGUGUUUGCUUGUUGUAUACAUAGUGUAGUUAAUCAUUAGCUACACAGCUUCCCAUUUUAUUAAAGCAAUGGAGAAGCACAUUGUGGCCUACCAGCGUCUGUAAGAGUGUGCUUGUGCUUACUGUAUGUGUGCGGAGGUUGUGUGGAUGUGAGCAUGCAUGAAGAAAAAAGCUGCUACUCUUAGUAGGCCAAAACGCUCAGGUUCAAACAACUGACGAGUGUUACUGUAGGUUUUUUCCUAUAAAAUUGCUACUUCUAUUGUGGAAGACAAAAGCAUUUCCAUUUCAACAGUUUGUCAGCUUUAUUAAUGUUGGGGAAAAUUGAUGUUAUGAAAAUGGAACUGAUCUAUAGUUUUGGGGCAAAAUUAUAAAAUUAAACAUGUAGGUGACCUAUUUAUAUACUGCUACAAAGUAUUUUUUUGAAGAGAGAUAUGCAAAGAAGCUAUUGCCUACAUGAAAUGUAUAUUUAAAGAUUUUUUUUUCUCCUGGGUAACAGGAAUAUAACAAAGAACAGAUAUAUUUAACUAUAAAAUACUGUGAUUCAUCAAACAGCACAAACUUUCAUUUCAUGCAGUUUAUCUGUUUACUUUGAUUUAAACUAUCGCUUAUUUUAUCACGUGGGAACAUAAGUUAUUUGGUCAAGCACGUAAGGAUUUUGAACUAAUGUUGGCUUAAAUUGUGUCGUCUUACCGUAUUGUCUUUUCAAAGUGCUGCCAAUUGAAAAGGGAAGCAUUAUGUUUACAAAUCUGAUUUUUGGAAUGUUUGCCAAAAUUUUGGUAGUGUCUUUAAUAAAUGUCUCCAGCAUCCAAAAAAA